AUGACUCGUUGCACUCUGGGACACCGUUUUAUCGAACAGUCAAACAACAGCCUCGUUUUCAAGUACAAGUUCAAGGCCAGCGGCGAUCCUCUCGGUUCUUCUGUACUAUUCCGUACGCAUAUAAAGGGCAACGCAGCGGCAGCAAAAUCCCACACUCCAACAUCAUUCCACGCCAUCUUGCGAGAUUCCAUCAGAGAAGGUGUUUUUUCCGCAGCAGUUAUGCAGUUCCAAAUCUCUCUCAUCUUGUCCGUCGGACUCUGGCUUGUCAGUGCCGACACAACUCACGUCGAGGCAUCUUCGGCCGGGCUCCUCCGUUUGAGGGCCGACGCUGAGCCAGCACAGCCUGCAAUCGACUGCGAAAAGCUAAAGAAUCUCUCCUGUACAGGUCUCAACCGCGCCAAAUGCACUUUGCGCGCCUGGGAGCAAGGUUGCCACCAAGCGACCAUCUGCAAGGACAGCAAAAACAAGAAGAAGUGCUGUGACAGCAGGGACCGGAUCCCCUUUGACGCUGGAUACUUCUACACCGGCUACAUGAGGGCUUGCGCGCCGGAAUAUGAGCUGAAAAUGGGUGACAGGCCGCAGCACAAGUGGUUCACUUGUCAUGAGCUCGACACCAUGAACUACGCUGCCAUGGAGAAGAGGAUGACUGCCCUCCACAACUGGGAGCAAGCUGGAUGCAAACAAGCACGUCUACCUGAUUAG